AUCCACGAUCCAGGAUGAUCAAGCUGCUGCCACGGCCGGAUGUGCCCGGUGGCUACCACAACGUCCGCUGCGGCGAGGUGCACUUCAGUGCGCCCGCCUCCUGGGACAUUUGCUGCGGUCUGUGCUUCCAGCGCUUCUCCCUGGCCAAUUUUCCGGAACACUUCCGGAUGAGGCACCUGGACGGGCACUGCGGCGGCAGCCACGAGCCAUCCGUCAAGCAGGAGAGCGAUCCCAUUGGAUCCUCCUUCCAGGAGGAGGAGGAGUUUAUAGAGGAAGAAAAGGAGCAGGAGGACGUCCAGGAUCAGCCAGAUCCAGAGGAGGCUCCUCGCCAGCGCCUCCAGCGGGCGGCGGCCAUGAAGAACACCCUGGUGGCCACGCAGGAGGAUUCCCUGGACAUGGACGCCGACUGGGCGGCCGAGGACCACGAAGAGGAGCAAGAGGACCUGAAAUCAGAUGACGACGAUGAGUACACGGAGCCCAAGGAGAUGCUGUUCAAGUGCGACCAGUGCAACCGGGCGUACAACAUCAAGCGCAGCCUGGACACCCAUCGCCGGAUGAAGCACGGCCUGGGAGGAGCCGCCACCUCGACUAAGAAAAAGAAGAAGGGACCGCAGCCGGAGUACAAAUGCAACGAGCCGGACUGCAAUCAAACGUUUCGCACGGCCCGCGAUCUGCGCGGCCAUCGCUGGAAGCACACCGGCAUCUUCUGCGACAUCUGCGGCAAGCCGUUCACCCAAACGGGCAACAUGAUGACCCACCGCCUGCGCCACACGGGCAUCAAGCCGCACAAGUGCCCCGACUGCGACUCCACCUUCUACACGCAAAAGGAGCUGGCCUCGCACAGCAUCUGUCACACGGGUCGCAUGCCCUGCAUGUGCGAGGUGUGCGGUCGCCCAUGCCGGGAUCGGGGCGUCCUAACGGCCCACAUGCGUCGCCAUACGGGCGAGCGGCCUGCCAAGUGCGAGGUUUGCGGCAAGUGCUUCUACAGCAUCCACGACCUCAAUGUCCAUGCCGUUUCGCACACCAGCGAGCGACCCUUUGCCUGCGACAUCUGCGGCUCGACGUUCCAGCGGAAGAAGGCGCUGCGCGUGCACAAGCUGCUCCACGCGGAUCGGCGCAAAUACGCCUGCCGGCUGUGCGGCAAGACCUUUGCCCAGUCCGGCGGUCUGAAUGCCCACAUGCGCAGCCACGAUCCCGGGCGGGUUAAGCCCGCCGUUCAGCCUCUGCCGCAGGCGGUCACCAUCGAGGUGUUGGAGGACCGGACGGCGCCGAACACCACCAUCACCAUGGCCAUCGAUCUGAAUGUGCAGGAGCAGCUGGUCACGCAAACCGAGGGCGCCACGGCCACCUGGCGACUGGCCAACUGAGUUAGGAUUAGGUUAAGAUCUAGCUAGGCACAAGAAAGGUUUUCAUUUUCACAAUAAAACUCA